AUGAGACUGAGAGGAACUACCGCCCUCACAAACAGACGAGCAAUAACUUCGAUCCGCAACAUCCCAGAUCUGUCAGAUAUAAAUCUACCUGACAACAUGGCCACCGCAACAACCAUCAAGCUGUCGCUGGCAGACGCCGGUGUAUUCUCUAUCGGUGCAAGAGAGGACUCUGCCAAACGUGCUAGCGAACUGUUGCAGGAAGACAUGCGCCUGCAUCAUAUCUUCUUCAACAAGUCGAGAUUUCACAAUCACAUCGUUCAUCAUUUACUCACCCUUUUCGCACUGGGAGCUUCCCCAGAAGAAAUCCAGGCCGCCUACGACCGAGGUCAUAGCUACCAGCGAACCGCAUAUCCGGUGGAAGACGAUGUUGUCCAUUCUAUCAUUGAGAAGGGCAAUUUUAAGGACUAUCUGGGGAAGGAGGAACACUAUUCAAGCUUUUUGGCUUAUUUUCAGCAGGAGAUUGAUAGCAAAGGAGUUCCGACAGCGCUUCAGGAACACUUGUUUGCAGAGGAUCAACAUGCCGAUGAUAUGCUUGCGAGGAUGUUUGCAGGUCUGAUCCAUCCUAUUAUCCAUCUGGGCUUUGGCAUUGAGUUUAAUCAGCCGGCCAUUAUUGCACAGGCGCUUGCGGAGGCUGCCGUUCAUGAAAACUGGAUUGGCACAUAUCUCUACAACGUGGAAAAGGCAGCCGGCGGUGUGGGAUCUACACCAGGAAAGUCUCUCACACAGCUGGUUAGCGAAGCCCGCCAGGACAAGGAGCUUGCCGGAAGUGCCCGCUGGGGUGACGGCAAUUUGAUCAGAGACGGUACUUUGAAAAGAGCCCCGCAGGAAAUGCAAGAAUUCGCCAAACAGUAUACAGUAUCUUCAGAUACUUUGAAUGAGCAACUCGCUGAAAUGAUCAAUGCUUUAGUUUAUUGUGCUGCUGCAUCCCAGAAACCUCCAAAAGCCGUCAAAUUCGACUUCAUUUUGAUCCACGCGCUUAACUGCUCCGUUUUUUUCUCUGCUAUUUUGUCGCGUUCAUGGAUUAGCUCUCGCGCAAAAGUGCGUCUAUUGGAAUGGAAAGGGCGAAUGGAUUUGCUGCUGUAUGUCUCACGCGGUACGCCGCCGCUUGACCUUGAGGAAAUCACCAAUUAUCCCACCAGCAAAAAUUGGAAACAAGUCUUCGAUGCUGGGAAUCAGAGUCCUAGUGAUGAUAGUCACCUCGUCAAGCUUGUUCGAGCCAUAGCGAACGGAGAGCGGGUGUGUAAGAUAUUAGAGGGACAAGGGAAAUCAAACGAAUGGAAAAUGAAGGGGGAUGCGUGGCUCAGGGCAGGGAAUAUGGGUAAGUAG